AACUCCUCACAAGUCCAGACUGUUUACAUGUCAAUUCUGAUAGUUGUGAGAAAGAUGAUAAAGUCUCAAGUGUGCAUGUGAGUUGUUCUCCCCGCCUUCAUGCGGACGUCAGCUGAUGUGAAAAUCUACUUCCCCCGCCUGCUGGGAACUCACUCCUUCACUCCUUCACUCCUUCAGCCACCACUUGGUGGCCAACAAACAGCAAGUUUUCCUCUUCAAGGUUGGCAGCCUUUCAUUGCAAGUCCAGAUGUUACAGUCUUGGAAGGAGAGAGGAAAAGUUCCAUUGCUUCUGUUUGUGAGCAGCAAGAAGAAGAUGUUAGCUGAUGGAAGUGUCAUGUGAUCACCAGGGGCCUCCCAACCUUCUCCACCGAGGGCCAACCAAGUGUUGGCAUCCCGCUAGCAGUCAAGAUGGCCGCCGAGCCCUGCCCCCAGCAGUGAUGCCGUCCCUCAGCCCGCCCGCCCCCUUCCUGUGCGUCCUGCUGUGGGUGUCCACGGCCCUGCAGUGCUCCGACAUGCGCGUGGCCUACGUCAGCCACAACAGCUUCUUCUGCUACUCCUGCAGCCAGGAGCCGGAGCCCUGCAGGGUGGCGGCGCUCGCCGACUGCCGCUGCAAAGACAUCACGCUCUCGGCGCUGCACCGCCCCCCGUCGCCCGCCUCGCCCGUGUUCAGCAUGAGGCGCCUGACCGUGUGGUACACGUCGCCCUGGAACGCCGCGCGCCUGCUCAACAACUCCGAGGUGAGGCACCUCACCUUGAUGUACUGCGGGCCGGGGUCCUCCAGGGAGAAGGCUCCGCCCCCUUUGGAGGGACACUUUGCUGUGCAGCACCUGGAGAGGCUGAGCGUGGUCACCUUCGCCAACACGGAUGCACACGGCGACAACGACCUCCAUUUUGACGCCGAUGACAGACGCACCGCCGGGCACCCUGACUCGCCCCGGCUCCAGGACAUCUACCUGGGCAGGGAGCAGGGGGCGGCCUAUCAGGAGCAGGCCCGGCUGGGCGUUGUCCACACCUCCGUGCUGGGGGGCGGAGCUUCCGUCAAAGUCUACACGGUCCAGACGCACAUCGACAGCGACGGGACGAUGCCUUUCCCGGAGCUCCGCCUCCCCAAACUGCCGGAAACAUCCGUCGUCUACGUCAGCUUUGUGUACGGGUAAAAUACUACAUAGUAGUAAUAGUAAUACUGCAAUACUAUGUUUCUUAACACAGUACUGCACUCAACCCUGUGCACGGGAAAAAUACUACAUAGUAAUAGUAAUACUGCAAUACUACCUUUCUUAAUGCAGUACUGCACUCAGCGAGAUAAAAACUAGAUAGUAGUAGUAAUACUACAGUGUUACUUUCUUAACGUAAUACAUUAGUUAACUCUGUAAUGUAACUAUAGUAACUAUGUGAUGUAACAUAGAAACUAUGUGAUGUAACAUAGUAACUAUCUAAUGUUACUAUAGUAACUAUGUGCUGUAACACAGUAACUGUGUGAUGUAACAUAGUAACUAUGUAAUGUUACUAUAGUAACUAUGUGAUGUAACUAUAGCAACUAUGUGAUGUCAGAUCGUAACUAUGUGAUGUAACAUAGUAACACGUGAUGUAACAUAGUAACUAUGUAACGUUACUAUAGUAACUAUGUGAUGUAACUAUAGCAACUAUGUGAUGUAACAUAGUAACUAUAUAAUGAUACUAUAGUAACUAUGUGAUGUAACUAUAGCAAUUAUGUGAUGUAACUAUAGUAAUUAUGUGAUGUAACUAUAGUAACUGUGUGGUGUAACUAUGCGAUAUAACUAUAGUAACUAUGUGAUGUAACAUAGUAACUAUGUGAUGUUACUACAGUAACUAUGUGAUGUAGCAUAGUAACUAUGCGAAAUAACUAUAGUAACUAUGUGAUGUAACAUAGUAACUAUGUAAUGUUACUAUAGUAACUAUGUAAUGUAGCAUAGUAACUAUGUGAUGUAACUAUAGUAACUAUGUGAUGUAACUAUAGUAAUUAUGUGAUUUAACUCUAGUAACGAUGUGAUGUAACAUAGUAACUAAGUAAUGUUACUAUAGUAACUAUGUGAUGUAGCAUAGUAACUAUGUGAUGUAACUAUAGUAACUAUGUGAUGUAACUAUAGUAAUUAUGUGAUUUAACUAUAGUAACUAUGUGAUAUAACAUAGUAACUACAUACUGUUACUAUAGUAACUAUGUAAUGUAACUAUAGCAACUAUGUGAUGUAACAUAUUAACUAUGUGAUGUAUCAUAGUAACCAUGUAAUGUUACUAUAGUAACUAUGUGAUGUAACUAAAGCAACUAUGUGAUGUAACAUGGUAACUAUGUAAUGUUACUAUAGUAACUAUGUGAUGUAACUAUAGCAACUAUGUGAUGUAACAUAGUAACUAUGUUAUGUAACAUAGUAACUAUAUAAAGUUACAAUAGUAACUAUGUAAUGUUACUAUAGUAACUAUGUUAUGUAACAUAGUAACUAUAUAAUGCUACAAUAGUAACGAUUUAAUGUUACUAUAGUAACUCUGUGAUAUAACAUAGUAACUAUGUGAUGUAACAUAGUAACUAUGUAAUGUUACUAUGGUAACUGUGUAAUGUUAUUAUAGUAACUAUGUGAUGCAACAUAAUAACUAUGUGAUGUAACAUAGUACCUGUAUAAUGUUAUUAUGGUAACUAUGUGAUUUAACUAUAACAACUAUGUGACUAUAGUAAUUAUGUGAUGUAACUAAAGUAACAUUGUGAUGUAACUAUGCGAUGUAACUAUCGUAACUAUGUGAUGUAACUAUAGCUACUAUGUGAUGUAACUAUAGUAAUUAUGUGAUGUAACUAUAGUAACUUUGUGAUGUAACUAUAGUAAUUAUGCGAUGUAACUUUAGUAACUAUGUGAUGUAACAUAGUAACUGCAUCAUGUAACUAAAGUAUCUAUUAUGUAACAUAGCUACUAUGUGAUGUAACUAUAGUAACUAUUUAAUGUAACUAUAGUAACUAUUUAAUGUAACUAUAGUAACUAUGACGUAACAUAGGAACUAUGUGAUGUAACUAUACUAACAAUGUGAUGUAACCAUAGUUACUAUAUGCAUGUUUGGAUGUUAAUAAAAGUCACAAAGGGAGUUUAUAUCUUUCUGCUCAGCAAA